UUCACGAGUCAGUUUUCGCUUUGACAGAACGGAGUGCAGGUGUGCUCCGCCGAUGCUCAUUGUGUUGCUCAAAAUUCACCAGUACUGAGCAUUAUUCAUAAACAUUUACAUGAGUCAAUGAGAAAAUUCAUUGACAAAACUGGUGAGUAAACAGGAAAAUGGAGAGUAACAGAUGACGAGAGGGGAUUUGUUGUUGAGAGGUGAGGAGUGAAAAAUUGAACCAAUGAAGUAACAGAGUGCGGAGAUAUCAUAGUUGAAAAGGGCUGGAAUCCGUGAUAUUAGGGUCAAAGAUACUGCCUGGUGCAAUUUCAGUUCACUUUGACAUUCAUCAGCGGUAAUAAUGGAUGGACCUUGCUUAGCGGAAUCUAUCAUGGCACCUAUGCAAAAGUUGCGAGGCCUUAAAGACAUAAAGUGGAUGAAUUCCCGUGCCACCACGAAUAAGGCUUACACACCAACGUGCAUUGAACACUGUGCGAAUAUAAUGACCCAUGGAAUUUGGAUAGUACCAGCAUUAUUCGCUAGUAUUGAAUUGCUGAGAAGAUCCAUGACCUCUACUCAAUUGAUUUCAGCAUUGGUCUAUGGAAUUGCUCUCCUCCUCCUGUUCUUAGUAUCAACUUCGUUCCAUACGAUGCAUUACUGCGAUCACAAACAAUGGAAAGACGUUCUCCAUCGAUGCGAUCGUGCCAUGAUCUAUGUGUUCAUUGCUGCCACAUAUUUUCCAUGGCUGAUGGUAGAGGAUUUCCCUGACAAUGAAAUUGUACCAACAAUGCGAUAUUUAGUGUGGAUCAUGGCAACUAUUGGAAUUCUGUAUCAACAGAUGUUCCAUGAGAGGUACAAAAUGCUCGAGACUAUUUUUUAUCUUAUUAUGGGUGUCGGUCCCAGCAUCGCUGUCAUUACAGUGAAUAAAUUUGACAAUAUCAGAGAACUCAAGACUGGGGGAUUCAUCUACAUAGCUGGUCUCAUAUUCUUCAAAUCUGACGGGAGGAUACCUUGUGCUCACGCUAUUUGGCAUAUAUUUGUGACGGUGGGCGCUGGGUUCCAUUAUUACGCGAUUCUGAAUCAUCUCUACCCAUUCGUCCAGAGCGGUCAUCCGACGUUACCACUGAUCGACUGGCUGGAAUCUCAUCGCGAAUUAUAAUAUCAAAAAUCAAUUUAGCUAAUUAAUGUUCGAUUCAUUGUUUUAUGAUGAAUUUCAACAAAUGAUUAUGGAUGCAAUUUACGAUUUACCACCAAAGAAGGCGAUUUCGACAGAAUUGUAAAUAAUCAAGAGAAAAUGAUCGAUUUUUUUAGAACAAUUUAUUUAAUCUGCAAUAUUAAUGAUUUAUUUAAUCUCAUUUUUAAGAAACAAUUGUUCAAUGAGAGGAAUAGAUUCUGGAAGAUGUGGAUUUUUAUCGAGUCAUACUAGUAAUUUUGUAAUCCGAAUCUCAUGAAAAUAGUGAUUUCGUCAUUUAUUUUCCAUUCAGUACCUGACAUGUAAAAAGUGCGAGAUCAAGUGGAUCUUGACAAUUUUUUGGAAUCUAUAAACUAACGAUAGGAACUAAGUGGUAUUUUCCUUUUGGGAGCAAAAAGACAUCUUAUACGGCAUCUCGAUCUGAAGUUUUUCCAAUUUUACUCAAUAACCUCAGUGUUCUAUUAGAUUAUCUACAGAUUUCCUGAAUUGUGAUCAUUUAACGUUUGCUACUUGUGUAAAUAUUUAUGAUAUUAAUGUAUGUGCCAAAAUAUAAAAAUUGUGACGUGCUAACUGA